AUGAGAGUUGGGCUGUGUCUCGCACUAUCAGCAGGGAUCCAUGUAUUCUCACUGCCGGCAUCCGUUGGUGCCUUUGGAAUAAGUUCUACCCUCAGAGGACGACCUUCCACCACCAUACUAGCACAGGCCACCACCACCAUUUCAGAUCCACUUUCUCCCGAAGAUGCCUUUGAUUUGGAACGAUUUCAACGUCGGCAACAAGCGUUGGAAGACGAGGCACGACGGCCACCGCAUCCUUCCUUGGGCCCCCAACAAGUGGUACAGUCAGUUUUGACCCUGUUGCGGCAAUCUCCUCAUUUUUUCGACUAUGAUCCGCUCAAGCCACGUCCCCAUCCCGGUGUAAGUGUUCUGUGGGAUGCCUCUACGGACGAAUGGAGACAGACUAUGGCCGCCAUGGUGGGAAUGGGGAAUAGUACUCAAGAGCCAAUCAUUGUAGUACCCGCAUUGGGCCGAUUCUUGGCCCGACCCCAACAACAAUUUGCCAUUUUGAUGGGGAUGGAAAACAGGGACUAUUGGAUUGAUUUUCCCACCGAUGUAAUAGAAUGGUCGGAUGAAGAAGCCUGGUUGGAAUGUCGUCUGAGGGACGGAUCCAGUAAUGAUGAACUAUUGGUGGUUUUGGGUUGGACACUGACACGAGAACAUGCCAACGAUGCCUGGUACAUUCAUUCGUUUGAUUGGCAAGAUUUUCGAAAUGACUAUCGUCCUGGAAUUGGUCGAGAAGAAUGGGAACGGAUUUGUGGUUGA